AAAUUUUGAGCGUCGGUUUGUGGUGUGCAACAACGUAUUUUUUUACCAUAAAAGUGGUAGUUUUAGUUUUUCGUGUAAAUUUUCAUCAAAAUAAAGCGACAAUACUCAGCAUAAAUUGCAUUUAUUUCUGUGCAUAAACAAAUUUGUGAAAUCAUGUCCAUCAUACAAAACGAUGACAACAUCAUGGCAAUCGAUGAGGAUCCACAAGUUAUAAUUAAUGACGAUGAGCCAUCAACGACUACGCGAAAUAUUCCCAAUGGUCGUUCCAUGGACUCGUUGCGCUCCUCAUUCACCAAUCGUAGCUCAACACCGGAUUCAUCGCACAAUUCGCUGGACACAAUUGACGUGGGUGCCGAUGACCAGCUGGAGAAAUCGCGCUUAAUUACACAAGUGUUGGAGCUUCAAAAUACCCUGGAUGAUCUGUCGCAGCGCGUUGACUCGGUGAAGGAUGAGAAUCUGAAAUUACGUUCCGAGAAUCAAGUGUUGGGCCAGUACAUUGAAAAUCUUAUGUCAGCCUCAUCGGUGUUUCAAUCCACCAGUCCGAGUGCAUCGAAGAAGAAGUAAAUGGGCGGUGGGGAUCCACCCACACCCACGAUUCACACACUCGAAAUACAAAUAUGCCUUGUAAUUUUUACAUUAAUGCUUGCAACAAAAAAGCGUAAUUGGUGUUUUUUGCUAAACUGUCGAA